CCCACCCCAUAGUAUGUGGGCUACCUGGAGCCUCCUAGCACCUGGAGCACUCACCUGACACCUGCAGACACCACCCGACAGGGAGCAAAUGGGGUGUGAGCAGGGAGGAGGAAGGACGUUCAUCUCGUGACAUCAUGGCGCCUCCUGUCCCGGCCUCCUGACCUGGCCUGUGCACUCUGUUUCUGGCUGGCGCUCUGCAGGGUGUCCAUUUUCUCAGGCUGCUCAGAUUUUCCACCCCUCAUGUGGGAACAUCUCUGUAAGAGAGCCUCCCUGCCUUUCUCUGGAAUGUGUUGUGGUUAGCAGCUUCAUGCCCAGGAGGUGAACGAGGGCCCCAGGCUGCUGUCUGAGUUGUGGGGUUUGCUCUUCCAGCUCGUCCCUCCUGCCAGGCCACAGGCUGCCACCUCUGGCCGUUAGCAGUGGUCCCCAGCUGCCCCUUUCCCCUGUCCAGUUUCUACUGUGGACAGUCUGUUUUGGACCUGAAAACCAGAUAGCUAGCCAAGCUUAUUAACAUCCUGGGUAAAAUCACAAGGAAUAAGCUCUGCAUUGGGGUUUACGAAGGGUGGUCUGGAUCAGCAAGAGGCCCUGGAUGAAUAAGGCAGUAUUUGUUUUCAUGGUAUAAUCGAGUGAGCUUCAAAAGCUUGGCCGUCCACUCUUGAACACAGGGUGCUGAAAGUCCCGAGUUCAUUAGGAAAAGCCCUGGCCCCAUGUCAGGGUUGCCGGCUCGUGUGCUUGACGACAGACACGAUGAAAAGCGCGGGUCCCCUCCUGCCCAGCACUCUCACUGUCUUGCGGUGAACAGCUUCACGUCCUGAGUGCAGUUGUCUGUCCACACUGACAGCCAGUGAACAGGGACGGCAUGUGUCCGCCACCGAGAGAGCCCCACAGGCAGCCGUUGGGCUGUCCGACCCUGGCCUGGCACUGGGCGGACAGAAUCCCACCCCAAAGACACAGGGGCCCACAGAUAAGAUUUCAGCAGAGGAAAGAGUUCCCACUUGGCCACAGAUUAUAGAAGGGCCCAAAACGGAAAGAGCCUGGGGCUCGGGGAGGAGUUUGAACAGUGCUCAGACGGGUCACACCCUCCUGUGAGGGAAGAAAGGGCCUCUUUCACGGGAGAACCCGCAGCUCUGCUUAGGGUCACCCCCCGCCCCCCUGCGAUGGCCUCAGGUUUGUUCUUAGAAAAUAAAGAUGGAAAGUCUUUGUUGACGUCUAUAAAUGAUUGAAUGAUUGGCUCCCAGCUACAAAGCAUGUUCGAUCUCGUGGUUGGGGCGGGGGGGGGCCUGGAGGUGAGGCCGCGAGCGGCGGGUGGAAGGCACGGCUCUGCAGCCAAGGUCACGGGCGUAUUUCCUGCCGUGUUACUAAUUGUUCUCCUUUCCCCUUUCCCCCAAGGCAAGAAUGUUGUCCAUCAGUUGUCUGUAACUCUUGAAGAUUUAUAUAAUGGAGUCACAAAGAAGUUGGCCCUCCAGAAAAAUGUAAUUUGUGAGAAAUGUGAAGGCGUCGGUGGGAAGAAGGGGUCUGUGGAGAAGUGUCCCCUGUGCAAGGGCCGCGGGAUGCAGAUCCACAUCCAGCAGAUAGGGCCGGGCGUGGUGCAGCAGAUCCAGACCGUGUGCAUCGAGUGCAAGGGCCAGGGGGAGCGCAUCAGCCCCAAGGACCGCUGCGACAGCUGCAGUGGCACCAAGGUGAUCCGCGAGAAGAAGAUUAUCGAGGUGCACGUGGAAAAAGGUAUGAAAGAUGGGCAAAAGAUACUGUUUCAUGGAGAAGGAGAUCAGGAGCCUGAGCUGGAGCCUGGCGAUGUCAUAAUUGUGCUUGAUCAGAAGGAUCAUAGUGUCUUUCAGAGACGAGGCCACGACUUGAUCAUGAAAAUGAAAAUUCAGCUUUCUGAAGCCCUCUGUGGCUUCAAGAAGACGAUAAAAACGCUGGACGAUCGAGUUCUCGUCAUCACAUCCAAGUCGGGCGAGGUGAUAAAGCAUGGUGACCUGAGGUGUGUGCGUAACGAAGGGAUGCCCAUCUACAAAGCACCCCUGGAGAAGGGGACUCUGAUCAUCCAGUUUCUAGUCGUCUUUCCAGAGAAACACUGGCUUCCUCAAGACAAGCUUGCGCAGCUGGAGGCCCUGCUGCCCCCGCGGCAGCAGGUGAGGGUCACGGACGACAUGGACCAGGUGGAGCUGAAGGAGUUCAACCCCAGCGAGCAGAACUGGCGGCAGCAGCGGGAGGCCUACGAGGAGGAGGACGACGACGGGCCGCGGGCCGGGGUGCAGUGUCAGACGGCGUGAGCGGCCGGGGGACUAGCGCGCCCCGAGUGUAACGUUGGCACAGUGAAAAUGCAUCGCCCAAUGGCCUCGUGUCUGGCGCGUCCUGUGUAUGUGUUCAGCCCUCUCAGUUGCCGAGCGUCGUCUUGGUUUUUCUUUUGUUUUUCUUUUGGUUGUGACUUAAGUUAUAGCUUAAUUUAUAUUUAAAUGUUUCAAGUGUAAAUCAUCUGCAGUCUGCAUAUGCGAUCUGUUCAUUUACGUUUUCAGGACAUGUUUGAGAGGCCCGUGACCGCACUGACACUUGCUUUUGGGGGCUUGGCCGGGUCGGCGGCCAGUGCGGCCCCUCGCAGGGCGCUGGGCACCGCCUGCGGGCGCAGCUCCCCUGCCCCCGCCCCUCCCGGGGCUGCUGAAUCCAGACUCUAGGUGACGCUCCUCCAGGCAAAAGCACAUCUGUGGCCUGGGCUGGGCCCCAGGGCCUGGUCCAUGCAGGGCUGCUGCUCUGGGGCUGUAGCGGGUGCAUGAGCAUCUCUCGGAAGCUUCCGGAAGCUUCCCGGCCUGGUGGUGAGGACAAACCAGUGCUCUGAACGCAGCGCCGACGUAACGGUUUGCCUGGGGCCCCGCACCUUGUUGCUUGUGGUUGUGAUGAUUUUCUCUUGGCAGUCUUUGCGACACUCUUCUACCGAAGUGCUUACCAUAAAGGACAUCCCAUGGGCCACGGAGCCUCCGGGCUGCGGCUCAGGCCGCAGGAGCGGCAGCCUGGCUAGGGGGGCAGACGUCCGUCCGCACCCCCUCCCAGAGAUGUCUCCUCCAGCUGCCCGGCCAUGGGACGCGGGGCCUCCUGCUCAGGACGCGGUUCUGGCGAGAAGCGCGCUGCCCGGGCUCUGCUGGGCACAGUGGCGAGGGCCGCCUGCCCGGAGGGACAGUUCUCCACUGCUUCACUCCCAGCGGGCGGCCCUCCCCUGGUUCUGCGGAAGCGGACAGUCUGACGCAGACCGGGGGCCGCCGCAGGAGGGCGGAGGGGCCCAUGAGGCCCCCCCAGUCGGGGUGCGCCGGCUUGGGGGGGACCGGGCUCCAGCAGGACCCAUGCGGGCGGGUGCCACUUGCUCAGAAUAGCGCCCGCUCUGACCAUUGGUCAGGACCGAUCUAAAACCUACUCUUCCAACCCAGCCUGUGUGAAAACCCAUGUACAAAUGGACCACAACUCCAGGGAGUCCCGUCCGUGCUGCGACUUCCUGAUUAGCACCACAGAGCUACUGCUGAUGGGGGUCUCCGUUCAGCUCCAGAUUCCUGGGCAUGGAGAUAGGACGUGGAGGGUGUUCCUUCAAACUCACUCCACCUGUACAUCUGUCCUUUCGAAAUCAAACCCGAGCUGGGAUGAGAGACAAACGGCUCUGGUUGUUUACAUUUUCUCCAGCCCCACCGAGGGCGUUAAGUGCCAGCCUGCCUCACACUGGUGGACGGGAGCUGGUACCUGGGGUGGGGGUGAGUGCUGACGCUGGGGGGAGGAAACGUCCACGGCUCUGGUUACAGGAGGGCCACCGAGGCCAAGAGGCAGGAGAGGGGCGCGGGCUUCAUCCUGAGGGCGAUGGGUUUGGGGGACAAACGUGCGACCUCACAGGCAUAUGAAGUCGUUAAUAAAAAGCAACAAGCUUCAGAGUGUGAACCAUUUCCACACAGGCCCCACUGAAGGGGUAACGGAGGUGGGGCUGGAGACUGUGGAUGCCGUGGAGGCAGCCUCUUCCACUGCAGGCCACACCCCUGCCUGAACUCAAGUCGGGUGCGGCAGGUGAGGUCUUCAGGGUAUCAAAUAGACACCCAGAUAGGCAGGACUCCAGAACAUUCCCACCUGGGGAAAUACCCUGUUCCCUUCAGGACCCCAUUCUGAAACCGAGAGCUGCUUCGUCCCGUCUGUGGGGCUCAACCCUCUGGAGAGCCAGCCUGCACUUCUCAGCUGGGAGGUUCGGUGACUGCCCGGAUCGCAUCAUCUCUGGGGCAGGUACUCCUCCCACUCUCCCACCCACAACAGGGCAGCUGAAAAAGCCCAUUCAUGAACACGGUGUUGGUGUUAUAAACACUUUAUGUUCAAGUAUGAACAGCAUUUCCAAUAACAGAACAUGAAAAGAUUGAUCCUGUAUCUACAAAAUUUGUUUUUGCUCCAAUAAAUGCUAGAAAGGCAAGGAAUGUUGUGAUCUACACACCAGCCUGCGAGACUCUGGUGUUUACACGGGGCAAUCGUAGACGUGGAUUUCCUGGUCAUCGCCCACGGACACAAUUUUUGAGCCAUUUCCAUUGUAUUUUACUCCCCAGACCUGUAAAUCAAAAAUAAAGUUCUAAUGACUUUAUUGUUUAUGAACAAA